AUGAAGCUCAAAAAAUGUACAGAUACAAAAAUUAUCUGUAAAGAACAUAAAAAGGAAAGUAGAGAACCUUCUGAAAGACAUACAGUAGUCUCUGGUGGCAAAAUUUCAUUACCAUGCGACAUCAUCUCUCCCAUGAUAGGUGACGAAGUCUACUUAGUUCUUUGGUAUAAAGGUGAUAUAGCUACACCCAUCUACAGCUUCGAUGCCAGAAGAGGACAUAUAGGUCAAGCUAGGCAUUCUUCCAGUGAUUUUUUAUCUAGAAGAGCAUACUUUAAUACUAUUACAAGGCCCGCUGUUUUAGAAGUAUCACCAAUUGGACCGGAAGAUGAAGGUGAAUAUCGAUGUCGAGUUGAUUUCAGAAAAGCCCAAACGAGAAACUACGCAAUAGCAGUUAAAGUUUUAGUGCCUCCGGGGAAGCCCGUAAUUAAAGAUAGUUUCGGAAAAAGUGUAAAUGGAAUUAUUCGGUCUUACAAUGAAGGAGAUAAACUUUAUUUGCUGUGUGAAAGUCAAGGAGGUAAACCGUCUCCAACUCUAACUUGGUGGAAAGGAUCGACUCUUUUAGAUGACACGUUCGAGCUGAUCCCUGGAUCACAUGCAGUCCGAAAUGAGCUUCAACUAGAGAGUUUGACUCGAAGAGACUUAAUGGCAGAGUUUACUUGUCAAGCAUCAAACAACAACGUUUCUGCACCUAUAAAAUCAUCCGUAGCAUUGGAUCUCAAUUUUCGUCCUCUAAAGGUUAAAAUUGCUGGUCCCCGACAGGCUUUUUCAGCAGGCGACAGAGUGCAACUGAAAUGUACUAGUCAAGGUUCGAGGCCUCCUGCGGUUCUAACAUGGAAGAAGGCUGGAUCCAACUUUAAGAACCAGCAGGAGGAGGUGGUGACUGGAGGGAAUGCGACAGUCAGUAUUUUCUCAUUUACGCCAACCCCCGAAGACCAUGGACACUUGGUCACAUGCAGAGCCGAAAAUCCUCUUAUCCCUGGCAGUAGCAUCGAAGAUGGAUGGAAGAUGGAGAUACAUUUUGUACCUCAGCUAAAUCUUCGACUCGGAAGCAAGCUUCGCCAUUCCAAUAUUCUGGAGGGAAAUGAUGUUUACUUCGAAUGCAACAUCAGGUCUUCUCCUUGGGUCCAUGAGACAGGAUGGCGCUUCGAAGGUCAAGAGCUAGUUACUAAUAUAUCUGCUGGAGUCAUUGUUAGUAAUCAGUCGCUGGUUUUACAAAAAGUUCAACGGAGAAACAGAGGCAGGUACAGUUGCACAGGCACGAACAGCGAAGGACAAGGCGAAAGCAAUCACGUGUAUCUCAGAGUGCAAUUUGCACCUGUGUGUAAGAGUGGACAACAAACCGUCUAUGGUGCUAUGCUGCAUUUUCCAGUGGAAAUCGCUUGUGAAGUAGAAGCAGACCCGGAAGAAGUAACAUUCCGUUGGGAGUUCAACUCUUCAUUCGGAACUUUAGAACUGGUGCCAACAACGACAUCUGGGAGAAAGAGCGUGGUUCACUACAUUCCCAGGUCAGAACAGGACUACGGGACGCUGUCUUGCUGGGGGAGGAACAGAGUUGGACUUCAAAGGAUGCCAUGCCUAUUCGUAGUUAUCCCUGCAGAACCACCCUCUGCUGUACACAACUGUAGCAUUGGACAAGAAACAGAGCAUUUCUUUAGAGUGUCCUGCUACGAAGGAAAAGAUGGUGGUCUCAACCAGUAUUUUCAUUUGGAAGUUCGUGGACCCGACUCAAAUCUUCUACUCAACCUGACAUCACAGACUGCUGAUUUUGCCGUCCGUGGACUCAGUCCUGGAUCUGUUUAUACCUUAACACUGUACGCUGUAAAUGCGAAAGGCAGAGGUAUACCAUUAGUCAUCAAAGCUUCAACUCUAUCAACUCCAGAAAGCCAAACGAGAAGAGAAGACGUUUGGGAACUGAGCAUCAGUCCUGUCCUAUUAAUACUAUUAGCCAUUGUUGGAGGAAUUGUAUUAGUUGCUUUCUCCAUAAUUGUUUACCUGAAGUUCCAAGGAAAGAGAAACAUAGCAAAAGGAAAUAUGAAAGCAGACGACAAAAAAAAUCCUCGAGCUGGACAUAAAGAUCACAAAGUUUUCAACCAUUGUUUAUGUGAGCACAGAGAAGAUGAACAGCUGAAGCAUUUUACGUCAGAUAGUUAUGUUAUAAUAGAAAACAGUAAACCUGACGUAACAGGAGAGGCAACAGCAAAGGCAGAAGGUGUGUACUGGAAAAAAUUGCCUCUAAGUGCCUCAAACAGCGAAAACUUUUCGAAUCCAAGGCUAAAAAUAAAGCUUCCCAUGCAAACAGAGCUAGAAACGCCUGACAUUGAGAAAACGCGCAGCAUUAUCGCAAGUCCAACGGAAAGUUACUGCCACAAUACUGCAGUAAUUGUCAAACAGAGGACAUCUCCAGACAGUCCAACUUCUGUUAGCAUAGCCAUACGUCACACGGAUGUCUAG